CACACACACUUACUGUGUGUGUUUUCUCUACACCACACAAUCUCAAUUCCUCUCUAACUUGAUCAAAAACCCACCAAGAACAACAUUUUUGAUACUACUACUCCAUAGAAUUUUUAUUUUUUUUUUUUAAAAAGAAAAAAAAAAACUUUACUCUAUAAACAAAGCAGAUCAAUAUACCAAAGGAAAAAAAAAAAAAAGACUCGAUCAAUGGCAAGAGGCAAAAUCCAGAUAAAAAAGAUCGAAAACUCGACGAACAGGCAAGUAACAUACUCGAAAAGAAGGAACGGGUUGUUUAAGAAGGCGAGUGAACUCACUGUGUUGUGUGAUGCAAAAGUUGCCAUUAUCAUGGUUUCAUGUACUGAUAAGCUUCAUGAAUACAUCAGUCCUUCUAUCACGAUGAAGCAGUUUUUCGAUCAGUAUCAAAAGGUGUCUGGAAUCGAUCUAUGGAACUCUCACUAUCAGAAAAUGCAAGAGGAAUUGAGACAGCAGAAAGAGGUGAACAGAAAUCUUAGGAAGCAAAUUAGGCAAAGAUUUGGUGAUUGUUUGGAAGAUUUGGGCUUUGAAGACUUGUUUGCACUCGAAAAAGAUUCACAGGAGGCUGUGUACAUUAUCCGUGAGCGGAAGCUCAAAGUUAUUAGUAAUAAAGUAGAGACUUCCAAGAAGAAGGUGAGGAGUGCCCAAGAUGUAUACAAAAAACUCAUGCAUGAAUUUGAUAUAAGAGGAGAAGAUCCACAAUACGGCAUGAUUGAAGAUGGAGUAGAAUACGAAAAUGUGUAUGGAUACCCGCAUAUGGUGGCACCACAUAUCUUGACACUAAGGUUGCAGCCUGACCAUUCCAACAAUCUUCAUGCGGUCACUGGUGCAACCACUGCAUCCGAUCUCACCACCUAUGGCUUGCUUGGUUAGGAUCUCGCAUACAUAUAACUAGUUUAUUAAUUAAGAACACAUUAAAUUUCAAGACAAUUUAAUUGUAUUGUAUCGACUUAAUUGUUCAUAAGGUUUUGCCUAGUUUGGUUGGCGUAUAUGAUGAUAGACACUUAAUU